AUGAUGGCCCACGAGCUCCCGCUACAAGCGCACGGCGUACCGCAUACAGCGCCUGUAAGCAAGACCAAAAAAGGCAAGCAUCACCAAGCGAAAAUCCUGUUACCGAAUGGGCAGAAACCAGAUUUCGGGCCGGGAAAGGAGAGACUGCCACAGCUUCCAAAUGGGGCCAAACCAGAUUUCGGAACCGGUGAGGUUCCCAAGAAGGGCAAAAAGUCCAAAAAGCUGGGUCAAAAUGGUGCCCUGAAAGCUGCUGGUGGCCAGAACCAGAACAAGGCUCAAAGCAAUGGCAACGGACCAAAGAAUACCAACACGAACAACAACAGCAAAAGCAACAACAACAGCAACGACAAUACUGCCAGCUCUCACAACGGGAAUGGUAUCAGUAUCGGAAACAGCAAUGGCAAUGCCAAUGGCAACCGUAGAAAUGGUUCUUCUGGAAAGAACCUAGACUGCUAUGCUGGCUCAUCCUUCCACUCCUCGCCUGAAGCCUUGGCUUUGCCCAAACCUUCGUUUGCUUCUGCUUCUCAAUCUACUUCUGUUUCUGCGUCGUCGCCUCCCCGCAACGACCCUGCUGGCCUGCCUCUCCAGAUGCAGCCAGUGUUUCACUCUCCAGCUCCACAGCAACAACUUCCUUUCACCCAUCCAUCAGGACAGUAUAACUUGAAUCCAGCAUUCGUGUAUCAGGGUGUGCCUGGAGCCGGACCUCCUCGGUAUCCUAUCACUACUUACCCUCCACCUCCCAAGCAGAACUACUCAUACGGAGGUAUGAUGCCAGGGUUUAUGCCUCCUGGACCACACAUGCACCAUUAUCAACACUAUCCCAUGGCGCCACCGCCACCACCAAUGCCAGUGGCGAGCCACCAGCCACCCCAGAACGGACAGAAGAUUCUGUUCAAUGAUUUGAUUGGCUCGUCCAAGUGA